AUGACGACCGAGGAGGGUCCCGGAUCGCCGGGCGUGGCCCAGGUGGGGGCGGGGCUCUGCGAGGACUACGGCCCCGCCCAGGGGGAGGAGUUCCUGGAGGAGGUGGGGCUGGGCGAUGACGUCAGCAGUGACCUGGGCGGGCUGGUGGUCCCGUUUCCUGAGCUGGCCCCGGUGGUCUUCUUCUGCCUCAAACAGACCACCUGCCCCCGCAGCUGGUGCAUCCGCAUGGUCACCAGCCCGUGGUUCGAGCGCAUCAGCAUCAUGGUGAUCCUGCUGAACUGCGUGACCCUGGGGAUGUACCAGCCCUGCGAGAACAUCGACUGCUCCUCCGACCGCUGCCAGGUCCUGCAGGCCUUCGAUGCCUUCAUCUACAUCUUCUUCGCCCUGGAGAUGGUGGUGAAGAUGGUGGCCCUCGGGAUCUUCGGCCAGCGCUGUUACCUGGGAGACACCUGGAACAGGCUGGACUUCUUCAUCGUCAUGGCAGGGAUAGUCGAGUAUUCCCUGGAUCUGCAGAACAUCAACUUCUCCGCCAUCCGGACCGUGCGGGUCCUGCGGCCACUCAAAGCCAUUAAUAGGGUUCCGAGCAUGCGGAUCCUGGUGAACCUCCUGUUGGACACUCUGCCGAUGCUGGGGAAUGUGCUCCUCCUCUGCUUCUUCGUCUUCUUCAUCUUCGGCAUCAUCGGCGUGCAGCUGUGGGCGGGGCUUCUGAGGAACCGCUGCUACCCCGAGGAGAACUUCACACUGUCCACGGGCGUCUCCCUCCCCGCCCCGUACUACCAGCCCGAGGAAGACGACGAGCGGCCCUUCAUCUGCUCGCUGGCGGCGGACAACGGCAUCAUGUCGUGCCGGGACGUCCCGACCCGCCGGGAGGGGGGCCGGGAGUGCUGCCUGGACAAGGACGACGUUCUGCAGCGGCAGGAGCUGGGCCUCAGCCCCGAGCCCCUGGUCAACGGCAGCGUGAGCGCCGGCCUCUGCAUCAACUGGAACCAGUACUACACCCGCUGCUUCACCGGCCACAGCAACCCGCACAAGGGCGCCAUCAACUUCGACAACAUCGGCUACGCCUGGAUCGUCAUCUUCCAGGUGAUCACGCUGGAGGGCUGGGUGGAGAUCAUGUACUACGUGAUGGACGCUCACUCCUUCUACAACUUCAUCUACUUCAUCUUCCUCAUCAUCAUCGGCUCGUUCUUCAUGAUCAACCUGUGCCUGGUGGUGAUCGCCACGCAGUUCUCGGAGACGAAGCAGCGGGAGCACCAGCUGAUGCAGGAGCAGCGCGCCCAGUGCCUGUCCUCCAGCACGCUGGCCAGCAUGGCGGAGCCGGGCGACUGCUACGAGGAGAUCUUCCAGUACGUGUGCCACGUCCUGCGCAAGGCCCGGCGCCGCUCCGCCGCCCUCUACAACACGCUGCGGGGCCGGCCCGCCCCGCCCGGGGCCGCCAGGGGCAGGGGGGCCCGGCCGGGGGCCGCCACGGGGCCCGGGGCCAACGGAGGGGAGAGACACCACCGCCGCCGCCACCACAGGCGUCACUGUCCAUAUCACCCCGAGCAGGACCACCCCUCUCGCCCAACCGACACCUCCGUGGCCCUCUCUGUCACGCCCAAGCCCGAAGACUGCCCCCACUGCACGGGAUCGCUGUCACUCAGGGAGGGCCCGGCCAAUCAGGACGAGGAGGCGGGGGCCUUGGAGGAGAUGGACGGGAUGGAGAGCAACCACCUGGAGGAGAGGAGCGGGGAGGAGGCGGAGGGCGAGGCGGAGAAGGAGGCGAAGACGCAGAAGAAGAAGAGGCGGUCCUGCUUGGGGAGGUGCCGGGAGGCCUGGGACCAGAUGAGGGCCAGACUCUGGGGCAUCGUGGAGAGCAAGUACUUCAACAGAGGCAUCAUGAUCGCCAUCCUCAUCAACACCAUCAGCAUGGGCAUCGAGCACCACGACCAGCCAGACGAGCUGACCAAUGUCCUGGAGAUCAGCAACAUCGUGUUCACCAGCAUGUUCACCCUGGAGAUGAUCCUGAAGCUCACCGCCUUCGGCUUCUUCAGCUACCUGCGCAACCCCUACAACAUCUUCGAUGGCAUCAUCGUCAUCAUCAGUGUGUGUGAGAUCAUCGGGCAGUCUGACGGUGGGCUGUCGGUGCUCAGAACGUUCCGGCUGCUUCGCGUGAUCAAGCUGGUGCGCUUCAUGCCGGCCCUGCGCCGGCAGCUGGUGGUGCUGAUGAAGACCAUGGACAACGUGGCCACCUUCUGCAUGCUCCUGAUGCUCUUCAUCUUCAUCUUCAGUAUCCUGGGAAUGCACAUCUUCGGCUGUAAGUUCAGCCUGAAGACGGAGGCUGGAGACACUGUCCCCGACAGAAAGAACUUCGACUCCCUGCUGUGGGCCAUCGUCACUGUGUUUCAGAUACUAACCCAGGAGGACUGGAACGUGGUUCUGUAUAACGGCAUGGCCUCCACCUCCCCCCUGGCUGCUCUGUACUUCGUGGCCCUCAUGACCUUCGGAAACUACGUCCUGUUCAACCUGCUGGUGGCCAUCUUGGUGGAAGGCUUCCAGGCGGAGGGGGACGCCAAUCGAUCUUACUCCGACGAUGACAGGUCCUCGAUAAACUUUGAGGAGAGCGAGAAGCAGAGAGACCCGCUGACCCUCUCAGAUCCAAAGAUCUGCACCCUGACCCCGAACGGCCACCUGGACAUACCCCCGGCCUCCAACACUAAGGGGUAUCCAGGGGAACGGCUGGCCCUGGCUCUGGAGCCGAGGAAGAGCAGUGUGAUCUCUCUGGGUGCUAGCGUGGAGCAGCGGGCUAUGUGCCCCGGGCGCAGUUCCGUGUACCAGGGCUGGGGGCGCCCUCCCAUCCAGACGGAGUGGAGCCGGAGGUCCAGCUGGAACAGCCUGAGCAGAGCGCCCCGGGGCCUGGGCACCGGGGUGGGGGGGGGCAGCCUGAGGGCCCGUAGCACGCACUCGAACCCGGGCGAGCACGAGUCACUCCUCUCACCUCCCCCGCUGCCCCUGCCCCUGCCCCUGCCCCUGCCCCCGCCCCCGCUGCUGCCCCGGCACUUCGCCCCCCGCCGGGACCGCCGGGCCCUCUCCCUGGAGCUCCCCGAGCUGCUGCAGGUCCCGGGGCCCCCCCCGCAUGCUCUGCCCCGCAAGAAGAGCCUGGGCGGGGCGGGCGAGCACCAGGACUGCAACGGGAAGACCCACACGCCCCAGCCGUCCCUCCUGGGGGAGGUCUUCCCCCAGCUCAACACCCGCAAGGAGCGCGAGGACCUGGAGGAGGAGGUGGACUAUAGCCUCUGCUUCAGGGUGCAGAAGAUGAUGGAGGUGUACCGGCCCGAGUGGUGUGAGGCUCGGGGGGACUGGUCCGUCUACCUCUUCUCCCCCCAGAACAGGUUCAGGCUGCUCUGUCAGUCCAUCAUCGCUCACAAGCUGUUUGACUACGUGGUGCUGGCUUUCAUCUUCUCAAACUGCAUCACCGUGGCUCUGGAGCGGCCCAAGAUCCACCAGGGCAGCCUGGAACGCGUCUUCCUCACGAUCUCCAACUACAUAUUCACCGCCAUCUUCGUGGGAGAGAUGACUCUGAAGGUGGUGUCGAUGGGUCUGUACCUGGGAGACCAGGCCUAUUUGCGCAGUAGCUGGAACGUUCUGGACGGUUUCCUGGUCUUUGUGUCUCUGAUCGACAUCGUGGUGUCCAUGGCGGGCGGCGCCAAGAUCCUGGGCGUCCUCCGAGUUCUCAGGCUGCUCCGCACACUGCGCCCCCUCAGGGUGAUCAGUCGAGCUCCAGGGCUGAAGCUUGUGGUGGAGACUCUGAUCACCUCUCUGAAGCCCAUCGGGAACAUCGUGUUGAUCUGCUGUGCUUUCUUCAUCAUCUUCGGCAUCCUCGGAGUCCAGCUCUUUAAAGGAAAGUUCUUCUAUUGCCUGGGUCCGGAUGUGAAAAACAUCACCAACAAGUCCGACUGCCUCCUGGCCAGCUACAAGUGGGUCCAUCACAAGUACAACUUCGACAACCUGGGCCAGGCACUGAUGUCCCUGUUUGUACUGGCUUCCAAGGACGGCUGGGUCAACAUCAUGUAUCAUGGCCUAGACGCAGUGGGCAUUGACCAGCAGCCCGUCACCAACAAUAACCCCUGGAUGCUGCUGUACUUCAUCUCCUUCCUGCUCAUCGUCAGCUUCUUCGUGCUCAACAUGUUCGUGGGCGUGGUGGUGGAGAACUUCCACAAGUGCCGGCAGCACCAGGAGGUGGAGGAGGCCAAGCGGAGGGAGGAGAAGAGGCAGAGGAGGAUGGAGAAGAAGAGGAGGAAAGCACACAAGCUGCCCUACUACAGCGGUUACUCCCACGCCCGGCUCAUGAUCCACUCCCUGUGCACCAGCCACUACCUGGACCUCUUCAUCACCUUCAUCAUCUGCAUCAACGUGGUCACCAUGUCCCUGGAGCACUACAGCCAGCCUCGAUCCCUGGAGAUCACACUGAAGUACUGUAAUUAUGUCUUCACCUCCACGUUUGUGCUGGAGUCCGUGCUGAAGCUCAUCGCCUUCGGCUUCCGCCGCUUCUUCAAAGAGAGGUGGAACCAGCUGGAUCUGGCCAUCGUGCUGCUGUCCGUCAUGGGCAUCAUCCUGGAGGAGAUCGAGAUCAGCGCCGCCCUGCCCAUCAACCCCACCAUCAUCCGCAUCAUGAGGGUGCUCCGCAUCGCCCGCGUGCUCAAGCUGCUGAAGAUGGCCACAGGAAUGAGGGCUCUCCUGGACACAGUGGUUCAAGCCUUGCCUCAGGUGGGGAACCUGGGAUUGCUGUUCAUGCUGCUGUUCUUCAUAUACGCAGCCCUGGGGGUGGAGCUGUUUGGGGAGCUGGUGUGUAACGAGGACUACCCCUGCGAGGGCAUGAGUCGUCACGCCACCUUCGAGAACUUCGGCAUGGCCUUCCUCACCCUGUUCCAGGUCUCCACGGGGGACAACUGGAACGGCAUCAUGAAGGACACGCUGAGGGAGUGCCCGGUGGGAGAGUACACCUGCAACCCCAGCCUGCAGUUCAUCUCGCCCAUGUACUUUGUGAGCUUCGUGCUGACGGCGCAGUUCGUGCUGAUCAACGUGGUGGUGGCCGUGCUGAUGAAGCACCUGGACGACUCCAACAAGGAGGCGCAGGAGGAGGCGGAGAUGGACGCGGAGAUCGAGCUGGAGCUGGCCCAGGGGGGGCUCUGCUGCAUGGGCGGGGGCGUCGGGGGGGCGGGCGGGGGAGGCGGGGGCGACGUGGGGGGCCGCCCCAGCGCCGGGGCCCACCCCAACCCCAACCCCCCGCACCCCACCCCUCACUCCGCCCCCCAGGACCCGCACAAUCCCCGCAAGCUUUACUCUCCCGCACAGGAGAACCUCUGGCUGGACAGCGUCUCGCUCCUGAUCAAAGACUCCUUCGAGGGGGAGCUGCUGAUGAUCGACAACCUGUCCGGAUCCGUCUUCCACCACUACUCCUCCCCGCCAGUCUGCAAGGGCUGCAGGGACCACCCGCAGGAGAUCCGAUUGGCCGAGGUGGAGCAGGCCUCUCUGCGGUCGGAGCAGCUCUCAGACAAGUCCUCGUCCCCGGCGCUUCCUGAUGACCUCAGCCUGGACGAGCACAGCGCUUACCAGCUGCUGAUCCGGGAGGGCAAGAGAGGGAGCAGCGAGUCCCACAGCCUGGAGGAGGGGGAGGAGAGCCGGCCCCACAGCCCGGGCCCUGAGGGGGGGCCCUCCAACCCCAACCUGCCGCCCCAGCUCAGCCCCACCCACGGCACAGGUGGCGCCCCCAGCGGGGGUCGGCGCGCGGAGGGCUCGCCCGCUUCGUUCCACCUGCCCGCGGAGUUCUUCCACCCUGUGGCCGCGCCGCCCCACUCCGCCCCCCGGAGGGCCCGCGGCUCCAGGCUCGCCUCGCCGGCCUCCUGGGCCUCCCUCCGCUCCCCGGGGGCCAACAGCCGGGUGCUGGGCACGCAGUACCCGUCCCACAGUGACUCGUCUCUGGCCACGGGCAGCUCGGAGGGCAGCCUGCAGACCACCCUGGAGGAGGGCCUGAGCUUCAGCGUGUCCCCGCCGCGAGACACCCACCUGCCCCUGCCCCUGCCCCUGAUCUGCCCCCUCCAGGAGGAGCUAUCGCCGGGGCCCCCGGCCCGCCCGUCGGCCAACCGCCCCGCCGUCUUCAACCUCCAGGCCACCAGGGGGCACCAGAGGAGCCAGAGCAGCUGCGGCGGCAGCAUGAGCCCCGGCUGCCCCCGGCAGGACUCCAUGGACCCCUCCGACGAGGACCUGGGCGUGGGCGUGGGCCGCUGCGGCUCCAGCCAGGCGGGCAACAGCGAACACUUGUCGGAGACGCUGAGCAGCCUGUCGCUGACGUCGCUGCUCUCGCCCGGCUCGCUGGCGCCCCCUCUGGGGAAGAAGUGCAACAGCACCGGCAGCCUGGAUCACGCCAGGGGCAGGGAGGGGCGCCAGAUCUGCAGCUCGGACCCGCCGGGCUGCCUCUCCGGCCCCUGGGCGGAGGAGGUGGGGGGCGGGGGCGGGGGCGGGGGCACGCGGGUGAAAAGUACAAGCCGGCGGGCGGUGGCGGCCGUGCGGAAAGACAGAUGA